ACAUGGCUUUCUAAUAAUGGUUACACAAGUAAUAGUGUAGUAGAAUUUAUGAUCUUAGUUGCUACGACAAUGAAUGUUAUCUUGAACCUUUGUGACGUGGUUAUUCUGUUGCUGUCGAUAUUGUGUUUACUUGAGUGUACAGACAAUUUACUUCAAAAUGUCGACAAGAAUUACCAUCUAGUCUCCGAAGCGUAUCUGGUAGCCAAGAAUUUAUUCAACCAAGGCCGUUCCAACUACGAGCGUUUAAAAAACAAAUCCUUGACAACACUGGAUACAUUUCUUGACCUGGUCAAUAUAAUGAACGAUGAAAUGGCGCGCGAACUGAGGAGCGCUGUCGUGAAAUUUUACAAAAUCAAAUAUUUCUAUGAUUUUACGAAUUAUAUCAUAUCGCUGGACGAGAUGAUAGAAAUCACAGACCACUGCCUAAUAGACCCUGUGGAGAAGCUUCACCAGAUCCGUGAACAGUUCCAUCAGAUAAUCAGGAACUUCAAAGAUGUCAGACAUUUCGAAACGGUUAAUAAAUGCCACAAGGAAUUACCUGAUGAAGUGGCCGCAGCGCAUUGUAUACUGCAUCAGGCUGUGCUUUUUAACGAAACAAUGCGAGAGAGCCUAGUAACAAUAGUUGAAAUCAAGACCCGACAACACGCGCAGGACAUGAACCAAUCUCUCUUCAACGUCCAGACGUGCCUCCGCGACUUUGUCCCCAAGUUCUUUGAACAGCUUCUAUUGGAUUCCUAUACUAAUAACUGCCAAUAUUUGAGGCUAGUAAAUGCGUCUAUAUCAGACCUUUUGAAGGACAAAUGGAAGAACCAUAAGUUUGUUUUCUCAGAGAAGUGGAAUCCAUUAGUGAAGUUGUUAAAGGAGAGAACGAAACGGCAGCAGAGAUUGCAAGAGCCUCUAUUCAUAACACUUUUCGGCGCCAAUUUAUCCUCGCGUGAUGUCCUCAAAACACUUUAUUAAACACCCAAAUAAAUUUACUGAAAGAUGGCUUUAUAACAAUAUUAAGUACUCUACAAUCAAACCAACCACUUGGUUCUCAAACUAAGAUACACCGUGUUAUGAGAAAAUAGGCAACGAAUAACUGGUGCCAUAACUUUGAACAUUCAGAUCCAAGCCAAUUUAGAAGAGUUCAUUUUUUAAAUUUUAUUCAUCCUACAGAGAUCAGAGGGCCUACCAUGAAAUGUUAUCCGAAAAUUUGGGGGCGAAUGAAACACAAAAUUAAAUUUACAUAAUACACACUGUUUAAAAAUAUUGAAAAUGUUAAAAUAUCGUUCCCUUUGAAAUUUAAUGGUAGGAUUUAUGACGAACGAAGUGUUAAAUUCUAUUUAUUAGGCCAAUUUCGGUAUGAACGACAACUCAAAAUUAAUUUGGCCUAUUAAUCUGGACACUUUUUACGCAAAGU